UAGUGAUGAUCAUGCACAAUUUAUCUGGAGGGUGGCGGUAGUGCGCUAAGUUAGUCCGCAUCCGCCGUUAAACAAGCAACUGAAGAAGAAGAAGAAGAGAGGAGAAGAGAAGGGCUACGAUGGUCCUCAUCAAGGAGUACCGUGUGGUUUUACCCUGUAGUGUUGAGGAGUAUCAAGUGGGACAGCUGUUCUCGGUGGCUGAAGCAAGUAAAAAUGAGACGGGCGGCGGUGAGGGCAUCGAGGUACUCAAGAACGAGCCCUACGAAAAGGACGGCGAGAAAGGACAGUACACACACAAAAUCUACCACAUAAAGAGUAAAGUCCCAGCAUUUGUCAAGAUGAUUGCCCCUACAGGCUCCCUUGUCUUCCAUGAAAAAGCCUGGAAUGCCUACCCUUACUGCAGAACCAUCGUGACGAAUGAGUAUAUGAAAGACAAUUUCUUCAUUAAGAUUGAGACGUGGCACAAACCAGACCUUGGAACACAAGAAAAUGUGCACAAACUAGACAGUUCCACGUGGGACACUGUGAGUGUUGUGCCCAUUGACAUUGCAGACAGAAGUCAAGUGUCCAACGCUGACUACAAGCCAGACGAGGACCCCGCCACGUUCAAAUCAACGAAGACCGGCCGAGGACCCCUGGGGCCCACCUGGAAGAAAGAGCUGGUUAGUAACACUGACUGCCCGCGGAUGUGUGCCUACAAACUGGUCACAGUCAAGUUCAAGUGGUGGGGCCUGCAGACCAAAGUGGAGAACUUCAUCCAUGAGCAAGAGAAGAGGAUCUUCAAUAACUUCCACCGCCAGCUCUUCUGUUGGAUUGAUAGGUGGGUGGAGCUGAGCAUGGAUGAUAUCCGGCGGAUGGAGGCAGAGACACAGAGGGAGCUGGACGAGAUGCGUGAGAAGGGCUCUGUGCGAGGCACAAAGGCUGCAGAUGAGUAGCCAGGCCAGGUGUAGGUCUGAGUGUCUUCGCAGACGGGGAGAAGUACGAGGAACCAGUGCUGCAGACGAAUGAAAAAGGCCAAUCUUUAGUUUUUAAACUCCCACCAUGACCGCAGCGGUGGAGACUGCUACGAGGGCUUUUUUGGUGCAACUUCUUUUUUUUUUUUUACCAGAACUGAUUCACGGCGGGGAGGGAGGUGGGUGGGUGGGGGCCUCUGCUACCUGCAAUCAAUAGAGCAGAUCCCUGACUCGCACCCCAAUCAUAGAGUUUCAAUCCCCCGAGGAAUUGAUUUUUCUAGAAACCAACCCGAUCCCAGCUGAUAAGACUCUGAUAAGAUUAUUUUGAUCUUCUGGGCAGAGAGACGCCAGCUAUCAGCAUCAUGUUCUUCACAAUGACCAAGGCUUCUGGAGAGAUACCAACAGGAGCUCCUCCUACACUAGAGUUUUCAUUGGCUGAUUCCACAGUGGCAGGCAGGCGUUGGACCAAACAUUUCCUCCUGUCGUAUUUUAGAUUUUCCUUUUUUUUUUUUCUCUCCUCCUAAAACAUUCCUCCUGAAGACGAUGCCCUGUCUGGCUUCUCUUUGUCUCCUCCUCGGUCUUUACCGUACACACUGGCCCGGUGGAUUGCAUUCCCCGGCAUGAGUCUGUCUGCUUGUCAUACUCAUGUUGCUUCCUGCCACAGCCUCCAUUAAGAGAUUACUAACACCCUUGGCGCCUUGGCCCGUUGUAAUCCCCCGCCCCCACCAAUCCUCCACCCAAAGCACUGCAUCUUUUUAACACUGACAAUCAUGCCCGUGCAGGUUUUCACUCUCCCUCUUACACAGAUUUUAAUAGAACCCACACACACAUUCAUAUGACGCAUAUAUGUCGAGGAUAAACAUGUGAAUUCAUUCUCUCUCUCUCACACACACACACACACACACACACACACACACACACACACACACACACAGGUGUGGAUGCCUUUGUGGUGACUGAUCUCUUAAAAGCUCAAGCUGGGCAGAUCUGUGCGAGCUUGUUCAGCUAAGAGAUGUUACUUUGGAAGAGUUUACAGCUCCCACUGGUUUUCUUUAUGUGUCAAUGUCUUCAGAAUAGGGAGAGAGAGAGAGUGUGUGUGUGGGUGUGUGAGAGAACAAAAAAUCUACAACGCAGCAUUCACCUCCCUAGCAGAUGUCCCCAGAGGAAAGAAAAACUGCACUGAAAAACAGCCACAGAUGGUGCUACACCCCUCCAGCCUCCACCACAAGCUAAACUGCAGCGCAGUGCUCACCCCAGCUCACCCCAGAGGCCCGUCUCACUCCUCGGCUUCUCGGAGGUAAACGGUUUCCAAAAGGCCUCUUCUCUUCAUUCUAGGUGUGUUUACAGAUUCAUAACAACAAGUCGACACCAGCACCACACGCUGCUUGCCUUAAUCUCCGGACCUAUUAUUAUUGUUUUUAUUAUUAUUAUUAUUAUUAUUAUUAUACCUAUCGUACCUCUGCUGCCAGCUAUUGCUCUAGCUACCUCCCUUGUUUCUGACUGUUUUCCUGACACCUAAACGUGAGCACAAGCCUAUCGGCCUGCUACUUGUUAGGACCAAAUCAUGGCAGGCGGAGCUUUACGGGCAAAGUCGUUUGUGAUUCCCCCUUUAUUUUCUUACGUGUGACCACCUUUUGUUUCCUGACAAGUGUCGAUGUGUGAAACUCCUUCAUCCAGCAAACGUAAGUAGCAGCGGGGUCGGCCUGUACACUACACCGCUGUUGGUGCUGCAGGUUUACAUCUUCGCCUCAGAUUUAGGGCUGCAACUAACCAUUCAUUAAUAGUUGAUGAAUUUGUCAGUUUUCCCGAUCGAUUAGCUGUUUGGCCUUUUUUAAAAUGGUUAAAAAAAAAUGUCAAUCAGUGUUUUCCCAAGAUGACACCCCAAUAUAUCUUGUCCAGCAACUCACACACAAGAUAGUCAGUUUACUGUCCUAUGGGAUUUAAGAAACUUAUAUUAAAAAUAUUCACAUAUAAGAAGCUGGAAUCAAGAGAAUUCUUUUACUUUCUGAUGACUCAAACCGAUCAGUCCAUUAUCAAAAUAGUCGGCGAUUAAUUUAAGUUGACAACUAAUCAAUCUUUGCAGCCUUACUCAGAUCAGCCUUUUGGAUGGAGAUGCCAUAUUAUUGAGUGCACUUUCUCCCCUUUAGGCUUCAGAAUCAUGCUCAUCACAAGUGUUAAAUACAUAUUUUAUAUAGUACAAGUGGUUCCCUCAUUUGAUCCUUGUUCUUUUUGUCAUACGUCAGUAGGGAUGCACCGAAUCCAGAUUUUUGGGGUUCGACUGAAUACCGAAUCCACUGGUUAAGAUUGUGUUGACUCGU